AAAAUGCACAACAAAGCUAGGUGGCGACCUGAAAACACACAUAGUAUUCUCUAAAAAUGCUAAUGUGUUGUUCAUCCAAGAUGAGUUUUCUCAUCCUAAGUUUCCUAGUCCUUUCAUUUCUCAGCGCCCGGUUUCCGGUCGUUAGAGCUCAGGCUACUGCAGUUGAAUACAAUUUUGUUGUGGAGCAGGCAAAUUUUACCAAAUUUUGCGAAACUAGGAGCAUCUUGACUGUAAAUGGCAUGUUUCCUGGACCAGAGAUUCGGGUUCAAAAAGGACAGACAGUGCAUGUUAAUGUCCAGAAUGAUGCAGGUUACGGUAUCACCAUACACUGGCACGGAGUGAAGCAACCAAGGAAUCCGUGGUCUGAUGGUCCAGAAAAUGUAACACAAUGUUUGAUUCAACCAGGGAAAAAUUUUACCUAUGAAGUCAUAACAUCUGAUGAGAUAGGGACUUUAUGGUGGCAUGCUCACAGUGAUUGGUCUCGCGCCACUGUUCAUGGUGCUUUCAUCAUCUUACCAUCUUCAGAUGAACUGGCGGACUCUCCAUAUCGAUUUCCAAAUUACACACUUGUAUUCGCAACAUGGUAUAAUCAAGAUUUGAAAGAAAUAAGCGAUAUCAUAUCGGCCAAUGGUAGUGCAACAGCUGAUGCGGCCGGCUAUACCCUCAACGGCUACCCUGGAGAUCAAGUUACAUGCAACAAUGUUUCGGAGCCGAUAUAUAACAUGACAGUUGAACAUGGUGAAACUUAUCUUCUCCGCCUUGUCCACGCGGCAAUGCAUGAGCCACAGUAUUUUGGCAUCACGGGGCAUAACCUAACGGUUGUUGCACGAGAUGGGGCGUUAGUCAAGAACUUUUCCACCCCAUAUGUUCUGUUAUACCCAGGGCAAACCAUGGAUGUUACAUUCGAGGCAAACCAGAACCAAAGUCGAUAUUACAUGCUUUACCGGUAUUUUGAUGAUAGUAGUGUUGACACUAAUGACCAAAACACCACAGGAUUUCUCAUAUACUCAAACCCUGUCGAUUCAACAGUCAAUACGACAUUCCCAACCCUCCCUGGUGCUAAAGAUAACUCCACUGCAUUUAAUUUCACAGCCGGACUCCGAAGCAAAAAUUCCAGAACAGAUACAGAAGUCCCCCGCGGCAAUGUUACUGUUAAACGGAUCAUUCUAACGGUCCGUGUAGAUACAGUAAAUUGCUCUGGUUCAUCUACUUGUCCAUCUGCAGGGACCAAAAGUGCUGCAAGCUUUAACAGAAUUAGUUUUGCAGCCCCAACUGAGCUCGAUCUUCUGCGGGCUUACGUCGGGGGCAACACAAGUCUUUACAACACAAGUUAUCCACUUUCUCCGGACGAAGAACUGGAAAAUGCAACCUAUGCUUACCAAGGAACGAAUGUGAUUGAAUUGAAUUAUGGAGAUCCAGUCGAGAUUGUGUACCAGGCAAUAGAUGCUGGUCCUGCUGGGGGUCAUCCACUACAUUUGCAUGGUUUCAGCUUCUUCCAAGUUGGCAUGAAUAAUGGAACGUUUGACAAUUCAACUGACCCUGCUUCAUAUAACACGGAUGAUCCACCAGAGCUGAACACUGCUGUUGUUUUUGGGAGUGGAUGGAUAGCCGUCAGAUUUUUUGCAAAUAAUCCUGGGGUAUGGUUUAUGCAUUGUCAUUUUGAAUCACAUGCCAGUUGGGGUAUGUCUACAGCUCUGAUUGUGAAGAACGGCCCCAAUUUGCUGCCCGCCCCGGCAGGACUGCCUAGCUGUAGUGCAUGAGCCCUACAAGUAUAGCUGAAUGUAUCACGCAUCCUCCGUUUUCUGCUCAUCAGUGUCUUUCCUCCAUUGUUUCCGCACUCCUGAAUGUUGAGGAUUGCCUAGUUUGUUAUUAUUAUUAUUAUAUAUAUAAAUUUUUUUUUGGUACGUAGCAUUGUAUUAAGGCAAUUGCAUCCUGUUUGGACGGUUCUUGUGUCAUUCGAACAAUAAAAUGUUGUUCUCUUU